UUUCAAUUCCAUGUCUGCGGUUGAAUUGAACGGUUCCGGUUGACUCUGCUGCUCCGUAACGGUCGCUAUAUAAAUUUAUUCUCACUCUCUUGUCACCACGUAAAUAAUAUCAUAUUUUGUGCUAAUUGAAAAUCACAACAAAUUAAUCGAAACGAAAUCUGUACAACACACAAUAACUGAUUAUACGGCAAUGAGUGAAGUGAAACAAUGAUCCUGCUCAGGGAUUAAAUGGGAUUAUACUGCCUCAACAUUUGGAUUACCUAAACUUGUAAGAAAAAGCAUGGAACUGCACUGCCUGCUGCCCCUGAUCGUCUGCCUUUACAGCCUGCGGGCCCUGCCCCUGCCAGCCACUGGAUUCGUCAUACAGGAUGACGAGCGGAAAUGCAAGUACGCACGGAUUGAGAAGCUGCUGCGGAUCCGUUGCUACGACAUGGACCUCAAAGAGGUACCACAGAACCUCAAGACCUCGGUGGAGGUUCUGGAUCUAUCGUACAAUCGCAUCAGGAAGCUGAAAAGUGGCUCGUUCCAGAGGUACACAGACAUCAGGUUUCUGAUGCUCUAUGAGAAUAUGAUCUUAUCGGUGGAGCCGGGCACCUUCGAGCCGCUCACCUCGCUCCAGGAAGUGGAUCUAUCGAAUAAUGGCCUGACCACGAUUCCCAUGGAGCUGUUUACACUGCCCAAGCUGAGAAAUCUUUACAUAGACAGCAACGAACUGACACAUUUGGGCCUGGAGACGCUGCAGAAGCCCAUCGCGGCUCCCCUGGAGUAUCUGAACGUGGCCAAUUGUGAGCUGCAAGACCUCCCCGAUCUGGGCGUGCUGCCAAAACUUUGGCAGCUCAACGCCUCGAUGAACCCUUUGACCAACUUCCACAUCGACAGCCUGGCCAACUUGUGCCAUCUGCGGGUCAUAGAUCUGGCCAAGACGCAGCUCAGUCCGUGCAGCUGCCAGCAAGUCACCAAUCAUAUCAUGAUGCUCGGCGCCAAUCCAAAGUUCGUCCCCGUUUGCAUGGAGGCGCUCAACAUAGACUCGUGUCCACUGCCCUACAAUCGGACGAUACACUCGGAGACAUUCCGCACUUGCCUCUCGACUGUGGAACUGGCCGUGUCGCGUAGCCUGUGGCUCUUUGCGGCCGGCUGCUUUGGCGGCGUCUGUUUCGUGCUACUGAUUGUUAUGUGGUGCGUGAGCAGGUGGCGCAAAAAACGGGCCAAGCGACGGAUGAGCCAGGCCCAAAAGCGAAAGCCUUUCGUGAUCUCGCCCAGAAAUGCCAUUAACCGUCAGCCGGAGGACGAGCCUCUUCACUGUGAUACUGCCAGACCUUAGCGGAAUAGUUUAUUAGUUAAUUAGCUAGUUUUAGUGGCCAGUUAUUUAUUACACCUAGCUUUUAGUGUAGCCAUAGGACGGUAGACAACAGACUACUCAUCGAAUUGCCAUGUACCACUUACCAAAAAACACCAAAACACACACACAAAACUACAAGAAAUGCCUUGCUCAAAUGCCACCGAAGUAGUUUCUAGCUUUUAUUAUAUUAUAGAACAUUUAAGUUUUCAAAAGAAGCGAUAUUUAUAACAAACAAA